AUGAAAGCAUCAGUUGUUGUUCCUGUUGCUUUUGCUUGCGCAGUUGUGGGUUUUAUAGUGUUGUUUCUGUUACUUGCACUCUGCAGCAAACAACGUGAGAAGAGAAACAAAGCCCGUUCCCAACAUUCUAAGGUUGCUGGAAGUGGAACCUCCACUUUUAGUCACCAUCCUUGUGGUGAUGUUGAACGUGGCGGAGGUGGUAUGCUCAUUAUGGCAAACGCAGGCGCAGUUUUAGCGGCUACGGAUAGUGUUUGUAAUGGUGGUGGAGAUGGUCCUGGUAUCGAUAGUUGUAGCGGUGCUGGUGGCGGCUAUGGGGGUUGCGACAGUGGUUACAGCGGCGGAGUUGGUGGUGGUUGUGGAGGAGGAGGAGGUAGUGGUGGUGAUGGUGGAUGGAGCAGCGGAGGUGGUGAUGCUGGUGCUGGUGUUAGUGGUGGCAAUAGUAGUGGUUGUGGAGGUGGCAGCGGGGGUGGAUGGAAUAGUGGAGGUGGUGGUGGCGGCGGAGGAGGAGGAGGAUGGAGCAGCGGUGGUGGUGAUAGUGGAGGCGGCGGAGGAUGGAGCAGCAGUGGUGGUGGUGAUAGUGGAGGCGGAGGUGGUUGUGACAGUGGUGGCGGUGGAGCAGAGCAAAGAAGAGAGAGCAAACUUGGGCAGCAUUCUUACCCUCGAAACGAACGUAGUGGGGGUACUGGGAGUGGUAGCGUCAAAGACGGUGGCAUGGUCUUCAUGGUGGGCGCUGGUGCAACUUUAGCUGCUACUGCUGAUGUUGCUUGCACCGGUAUAGGUGGUGAUGGUGGUGGUGGCACCGAUACUGGAGGCUGUGGCGGUGGCGGUGGUUCUCUUUUUAGGCACUUCAACUUCAAUCGAGUUUAG